GCUAGAUUUCGCAUUUGGAAUUCGUUUUUCGGCAAGCGAGUGAAGCACACACACAAGCACACACAUACACACACAAGCACACACACAAGCACACACACACACAAACAGAGAAGAGGAUGGCUGCGCUGAGGGUUGCGCAAUGGUCCGAUACGCUGGAUCGUGCAUGUGGGUUUGACUCGUGGGGCCAGGUCCUCGAGGCCUGCAACGAAUACGAGAAGGUGACGUCGGACAUCAAGAAAGCGCUCACAUCACAGGACAUGCCCUUCAACGAAGGGCAAGCCAAGUUCCUCAACAAGACCGCCGUGGCUGCCAGCCUCCGCGCCAAGGCAGCACAGGACCUCAGCGGUGCGCCGACGGGCAUCACGCUGCCCCAGAUGAAGCAGGUGGUGAGUCUGCUCAAGGAGCUCCCCGACUCUGUGCCGCUCUUCCCGCUGAAGGAAGUCUCUGAACUCAAGCACCUCAUCCCAGAGCCAAGCAAGACGAGUGCCGCUGCGGAUGUGAUUCACGACGACGAGGACGAGGACGAGGAGGGGCCAGCAGAGCUGGUGAAGGGCGGCUCGCUGCUGCCGCGGCGGUCGUUCCCCGGGAAGACGAACAUCACCAUCCGCAUCGACAAGAUCAAGCUCAAGGACCCCUCCCAGUACAUCGAGCCAUUCUUCACCGUCUCCAUCAAGGAUACGAAUGGAAAGGACUUGGCGGAAUCGCAGGACACGCCGCCGACCAACAGGCGCGACGACUUUAUCCACUUCUACACCACGGUUGAGAUGCCAAUGGCGUACGAGGACAUGCCAGAAGAUUGCGCAAUCUUCCUUGAGUUCAAGCACUACAAACCGAAGAAGCACAAGAACAGCGUGAAAUGUUUCUGUAUUCUGGAGAAGGACGAGUUGAAGAACGGCUCCUUCCCGCUCGAAAUCUAUGCGAAACCAACGGAUUUCCGUCGGCGGAAGCUGCACCUCUUGACGGAGAAACCGCACUACCUCUUCGUCACCGUCUCCCUCUCCGCAGAGCCGUGAUUGCAUGAACACACGCACGCACACGUACACAGUGUGCGCGUGUGUGCUGUUCGUUUGGUGGUUUCCCUCUUGUGUUGUGGAAUGUGUCGAUCUCUGUGUAUGUCCGUGCGCAUGUGACUCACUGCAAGCGUGCGCGGACGUGUUCCUGUUGUUUCUGUCUAUCUGCCCUUUAUGUGCUCCUCCGGUGGUUUUGUUCUUGUGCUGUUGUUGUGAUGUGUUGUGUCCCCAACUCCCGUGCAGCUGCUGUCAAAUACAGCGUUACACCCUGCCAUCAUCAUCAUCAUCAUCAUCAUCAU